CUUUCAAUGUCUGCCUUUCAUUCACUAUAUAACAUGCACCUACAAUUCACCCCAUCGCAUCACAACCCUCGUUGGAACACACUACAGCAUCCACCAUGAUCAAUUCCAAGCGUCUCGAAGGGAAGAAAACUUUGGAAGAUGUAAUCGAAGAUGACAUGGACGACGAUGUAGAUGAAGAAGAGGGACAAGGAAACAAUGAAGGUGAGCCCUUUUUACCCGAUGAUGAGAAGAGGAAGAAAGGUCCAUAUGGGAGAAAGGGGUCAAGCGGUUCUCGCGAUGCAUCCCCGCCCUGCUGCCAGGCCGAGAGGUGCGGGACCGACCUGACUGAAGCGAAGCGCUACCAUCGGCGCCAUAAGGUGUGUGAAGUCCAUGCAAAAGCGCCGGUGGUGAUGGUGGCCGGACUGCGUCAGAGGUUCUGUCAACAAUGCAGCAGGUUCCAUGAGCUAAUGGAGUUUGAUGAAUCAAAGAGGAGUUGCCGCAGGCGUCUCGCCGGACAUAACGAGCGGCGCAGGAAGAGCUCUUGCGAGUACUAUGGAGAAGGCUCGAGUCGUAGGAUGUCGGGUCCCCAGUUGAAGGAAAAUCAGUGCAGACCGGCUGAUGCAAGAGGAAGAGGAACUGCCAUCCCAGGGAAUUCAACUUUCAAACACUUCCAGAUAAGAUGAGGCUUCAAUUCCCAUUGUCUACAUGCUCCCUCUCUUCUGUCACCCUAAGAUUACUGUCACCAUAACUAUCUGUGCUGAAGGCAAUGCCUAGGCUAUUUAAAUAAGGUGACCAUUGUGAAGCACCACCGCAGAUGUUGGACUGUUCUCUGGGUUAGGUACUGCUCCUGAAUCGGCUACUUAUUGUAUCAGCGUUUUAUAAUCUGAGUUAUCUCUUGGAUAAAUCAUAUAAGUGACAUGUUUGGUAA